AUGGCUACCCAUGAUGUCGAUACUGGUCUUGGAGUCCUUGAUGGUUCUAUAGCCUUUGAGCUUGGCCGAGCGGAGAACCCUGGUGCUGCUUUCAAUGCUACCUUUGGGUUUACAAACAACUAUCACUCCAUCAAAGCCUCAUCAGCCAAUCUUCUCGCAAUGUCCGUUGUCGUUGCAUCAAUGGCUUGUGACAAUCCAAUUGUUCCAUUUAGAGGUGGACGAGUGGAUGCGAUCGGAGCUGGAGUCUCUGGCGUACCCGAGCCUGAUCAGGAUUUGGCGACAUCCACUGCAAUCUUCGUAAAGUAA